AUGAAGGAAACUGAGACUCAGGCGGUCCCCGUGUCCUCCACCGACCUCUCGCCCUCCCACUAUCCCCGCGGCCGCGAUCUCCUCAACGGGUCGAAGCACGGUUUCGUCAGAUUGCUACACCCGCGCAACAUUGUUGGGCUUCUCUGGCUUGCGCCAGCUUUGGCACUCAUAAUCCUGAAUUACAAAGGGCACAUCGUCGGCUCGGGGCUGAACUGCGGCGGCCACUGUAAGAUAAACCCCAACUCAACCAGCCAAGUGUCGCAGAUUGAGCGGCUUGACAAGACCAACCGUGAUGUCCUCGGCGCACUCCAGUUCGUAGCGAAGGGGCUAGAGGUUUGGUUCAUGUAUGUGGCCGCCAGCCUCAUCUACCGCGUUGCACUCUAUCUCUCUGCCAAGGACAACCGCCUUCCAGUCAGUCUCCUUCUGGUAUACGCAGAGUUUAUGGACUUGCUGUACCUGAAGGAUCUGGCGAUGAAAGCUCGAGACCUCGCUGUGGAGACAGGUCGAAAUGCCAGCGUUCCGGCUACGAAGGGCCGUGUCCCAACUCUGUGGAUCCUAUAUUCCUUCAUUGCUUUGGUCAUGGUCAUGUGUGCUGUCGCAAAUCUUAUGGGCGUGGCCACAGCCACUCUUGUCAUACCAGGCUUGCAGUGGAUAGACAUCAACAAGGCCGAGUCCACCGCGUUCGGCCAACUCCUCGCCUCCGAGCCUCCAACGGACGACCGGAUUGCAGCAUGCAAGCCAGGCUCACUUGCUGACGGACUAUACAACUGCACGGCCAACAUGUACGCAUCUAGCCUAGAUGAGCUCGUCGAAGCGGCCAUCGCGACCGAGCGACAGUUCCAGGGUCGGGAAGGCGUGCUCCUUCCCCCCGUAUCGCAGGAACAACAGCUGUCCUUCAGUGCGAAUGUGUCCGAACCCUUUCGCUGGGUCGCAAGUCGGCAGCUGCUACGGGACUUUUCAAAAGACCUAGUGAACUAUCAUGUUGCUACGAGUUCGAAUGUGCCGUAUGGUGACAGAGAUACCUAUCCCGAUUCCCAUCGGUUUAACCAGUCUCUCCAAGUCCAACUGCAGCGCGUCGGCCCUACAAUCGGGCUUGCAGGGACAUGCUGGUUCUACCGGGCCCCCAGUGUCAUAGAGGUCUCCGACAACCGGCAGGUACGUUGCUACGCUGGCCUUGGAGAGACAAACUUUACAAAGUGUAUUCGCUGGGGUUCUGGCUGGGAAGACAACCCAUCGUCAUCCUCCGCCUCCUUUAUAAUCCAAGCCCCAACCAGCAGCCGGCUCGACCUAGGGGUCUCAAUCUACACCACGGCCUCAGCACGCUACCUCCACCCCGAUUCCUCGUCAUGUGUUGCCAAUGGAUCCUGCGAUUGGGACGCCCUCUUUUCAGACCCUGGGGAGUCCACUUACCGCAACAUCUCCGCCUCCCAGCAAACCUACGAAUACACCAUGCCGGGCUAUACCAACGACUCCGCCAUCUGGUGCGACAACACCGCAUUCCUCAGUUUCGCAGCGUACGCCCUGAGUCCCUCCCCAGUCACAAACCUCCUGCAACUGGUUCAACUUGGCAUACUACACGACGAGCCCGGCUCGGUUGACAACAACGCAGCGACCAUAUCCCUCCAUCCAGACUGGACACUAGCCGCCUGGUCCGCGAAUCGAAGAGACGGCAUCGUCCCCGGAACUCGCGGCUCCGCAUCCCGCUUCAUCGAAGCAUUCCAGCGCUUCACCUUCCAGCCAGAAGAACAAGCUCUACAGUUCCGUCUAAUCCACCAGAACGCCCUCAUGCAAGCCGUCUCGCUGAUCCCCUACACCACAACCCUCCUCACCCCUUCAAACCGCUCCACCCAGCGCGCUCAGGAAGAAGCAAACCCCUACACCUCCGCAACACUAACAUCCUGGGCGACAGUCCAACUCUGGAAAUACGGCAUCGACUCGCGCACAAAGGUCCUGGGCGUCGUGGUCCUAAUAAUGGGCAUGGUCGUCGUCCUCCUCACAACGAUCCUCUGGUUCGAAGCCCCCAAGUCCCCAACGCAGAUCGUCGUAGGCGCGCUCUUGCAUCCGCCACCGCCCGGCGCCAUCAAGGACGAGGAGACCGGGGCGCCGCUGACGGUCAGGCUGAUGUAUCCUGGGCUGGAAGGGAAGGAGACGGCACCGGCGACGGCAACGGCGACGGCGAUGACACCCACUGCAGAUGCAGAUACACAUGCUCAAGACCCGGCCUCCCGUCCGAAGAGGCAUCGUCGGACCAGCUCGUUUGGGUUCAGUCAUCCGGCAUCGCCGGUGUCGCCGGGGGUGUUAGUGUCGCCGCUUUCGAGUCCGGGGGUUGGCACUGGGACAGCAGGCGGGACUGGGACUGGGGCUGCGACUCCCAGCGCCGGGGGUGCGUAG